AAGUGGCAUUUACAAUUAAGCGACACAGACGCGAUGAUUGUGAGUUGACAUAUAUAUUAUUGGCUAACACAAGAAGUAAGGGAGUGAGGCAAGCAGCGAGGAGGUAAAUCUAGGUUGUGUGGUGGCGGUGGCGAACGAACGAGUGUGAAAAAGCCGGCCUACUUUUGUUUUUGGCUGGUGGUGGUAAAAUUAUUUUGACAGUGUCUUCGAAAGAUUUUUCGAAAAGACACAUUGUAUCAGGGGUGAAAAUAUGGGCGACGUGUCUAAUACGAAGCAGCCGGGAAGUACAGAAGUGAAUCAGGAUGAGUUGAUACUUCAGCAACAAAGGCGUAUCGAGAAAGAGAUUUCCGAAUCGAUCGCUUUGGUGGGCGAAAAAGAGUCUUUGAAGAGCCUUGAACGCGAGUACGAGGAGGACGAAGUUUAUCUAUCAAAGGCCAAAGCCCUUGGACAAAAAUAUUCCUACUUCCGUAGAACAAGACCCGAUGGCAAUUGCUUCUUCCGAGCUUUCAGUUAUGCAUAUCUUGAAAGACUCAUCAACAACAAGGAGGAGUAUGAAAAAUUCAAAGACUUGGCUCUCAAAAGCAAAGACAAUUUAGUUGCUUUGGGCUUUCCUCAAUUUACCGUAGAAGAUUUUCAUGAUACGUUUAUGGAGGUGAUAGAAAAAGUUGGUGGCGGUACAGAGGCGAGUCAUGCGGAAUUGCACAAAUUUUUCAAUGAACAAGGCUACUCGGAUUACGUUGUUGUUUAUCUUAGAUUAAUAACUUCUGGUCAAUUACAACGCGAAGCUGAUUUUUAUCAGCAUUUCAUCGAAGGUGGUCGUACCAUUACAGAGUUUUGUCACCAGGAAGUGGAGCCAAUGUACAAAGAAUCGGAUCACAUUCACAUAAUAGCAAUGAGCACGGCACUGGGUACGGGUGUGAGAGUUCGAUACAUGGAUCGUGGUGCUGGAACAGAAGUAACGGCGCAUGAUUUUCCUGAGGGUUCCACGCCGGCGGUACAUUUGCUUUAUCGUCCUGGCCAUUACGACAUUCUUUAUCCCUGAUGUUUGUCUCCCGAGUACGAUCACGAAAUUCUACUUUGUCGAGCUGCUCUGUUUCAUGAUAAAAAUCCCUAGUUCCCUUGCCACGCUGUCCAGACUCCUCAUACGUAAACCAAAUCUCAAGAAAUAUCAAGAGUUAGCUUGUAAAGUUGAGGCGUCGAAAAGAAAGGAAAACAAACAAAACGAUGCCGCCACAACUGACGUUUUUUUCAACUGCCCAUUUUUUCACUCUUCCUCAAUUUAAUGAAUAUACCUUUUUCUCAUUAAAAAUAUUGAAUAUCGCUCGAGAGAAUCGACGCAAUAUUAUGAAUCAAUAAAAUCUCGUUUUCACGAUAUUGUUGCCCAA